CUCGCCGCUGACUGAACAUUGUUGUCAGUUUUCUGUGGCUAGCCUUUAGCGCUAGCAGCCCAACCAACCAGUUCGAUUUUGUUUCGCUUCGACACUCUUUCAUCCAGCAGGAUGUUAGGAUGGAUUGGGGUCCAGUUCUGCCGGACUGCUUGGUGUUGGAGAUCUUCCUGCAUCUGCCCCACGACGCCGUGCUGAGAGCCGGCCUGACCUGCAGGCAGUGGCAGGCGGUCUCCAGAGACGAGUUCCUGUGGAGGGAGCUGUUCUACAGAUACUACCGCAUACCGCGCUCCGUUCCUCGACACCCGUCGGCUGUGUCGUGGUACAGGGAGUUCAAGCGUCUGUAUGACUGCAUCCCCUGUGUGGAAGUUCAGACCCUGAGGGAGCACAGCGACCAGGUUCUCCACUUGGCUUUCUCCCACAGGGGCCACCGCUUCUCCUCCUGCUCAAAGGAUUGCACAGUUAAGCUGUGGGACACAGAACGGCAAGAUGGAAACAUCUCCUUGGUGCACAGCACCAGCAUGCGUCAGUUUAACUGGGGCUACACCCAGUUCUCCCAGUUCAACCCCGACGACACCCUGCUGCUCGUCUCCGGCGUCUACUUGGGCCCACACCACUCGUCUUCUGGGGAAAUCGCCGUCAUUAGUCUGGAAAAUUACACGCUGCUGUCGCGGGUCAGGAACAAACCGUACGACGUGUUUGGCUGCUGGCUGAAUGAGACGCACCUGAUCUCUGGGAACCUGCACUGGAUCGGCAACAUGACGUCCUGCUCGGUGCUCUGGCUGAACAAAGCUUUCCAGGACAUCGAGUCGGAGAACGUCAACGUCGUAAAGCGUCUCUUCAAGAUCCAGAACUUCAACGCCAGCACCAUCCGCACCGUGAUGGUGGCACACUGCCGGCGUCACGACAGCCCGGACCUGCUGCUGGACUACGAGGCUCAGUCUCAGGCCAGGAGGCAGAGAGCCGAGCAGGACAAUCAGAAUCACCCUCUGCUGUUCGACCUGGCGGCCUCCGACAGCGAGGAGGAGGAGGAGGCGGAGAACGAGGACCAAUGCGAGAUGGACGAGAGGAGUCGCGGCUUCUCGUCUGCGCGGAUCCCCCCGCUGACGAUAUCCGGCCUGGACCACGUCAUUCAUAGCCGUAAACACGUGGGGGCCAGGGAGCUGCAGAUCGAGACCCAGGUGGCUCAGAUGAUGGGCAGAGCCUACACCAAGGCCCCGGACGCCAGCCUCAUCGACCCCUCAGAGUCCGCAGAGGGCGAGGACAAAACCUACUUACUCUUCACCACCGGCAGCCUUACCUACUCCCCUCACCAGAUAGGGAUUAAGCGAAUCAAGCCCGACCAGAUGACCACGUCGGGCCCCGUGCUCGGAGAGGAGAGGAGCUCGGAGGAGUUUUUUGAUUCACUCGACCACGUUAUUGAUAUUCACGGCCACAUCAUUGGUAUGGGCCUUUCUCCUGACCACAGGUACCUGUACGUAAACAGCCGAGCCUGGCCCAAAGGAUGCGUGAUCUCAGAUCCCAUGUCGCCGCCUCCCAUCGCCGAGGAGAUAGACAUGCACGUCAUCGACCUCAAGAGCCUGAGGGAGGAGAGGAGAAGCCUGCGGGCUCACCGGGCCUUCACGCCUAACGAUGAAUGCUUCUUCAUCUUCCUCGACGUCAGCAGGGACUUCGUUGCCAGCGGAGCGGAGGACAAGCACGGCUACAUCUGGGACCGCCACUACAACAUCUGCCUGGCGCGGCUGGCGCACGACGACGUGGUGAACUCGGUGGCGUUCAGCCCCGCCGACCAGGAGCUGCUGCUGUCCGCCAGCGACGACUCCACCAUCAAGGUGUGGCGCUCGCCCCGCAUGGUCCGCCUCGCCCACGCCUCCCCCCGGCAGCUGAGGCCGCGCAGCCUGCUGCCGUCCUGGCUGCUGCGCCACAAGAACGCCGCCUUUGCCGGCGGCGUGAACGGGAAAGCCGCGGGCGAGGGCUGGAAAAGGCCCCCCGACGGGAAGUAAAGGACGCGGUGGGGGGGGGUAAGGAUCCGAGCACUCUGAGCCUCCUUGAUGUUUUUUUUGUUGCUUGAGCUCACUUUGUUGUGACUUAAAAGCGGCUGUCAGAGCCGCAGCAGCUCAAACGGGACACAAGGGGGCGACGUCGCACCAGCGAAGACCAGAAAUGCCAGCCGGUGCUGCCGCCAAGGAUUUUACAGAGAGCAAAAGGUGUGGGAGAAAAACUCUUAAGGGAUGGACGUCAUCGUGCUUCUCCAUCUGGGAGGUUUCACCCGGACUCUGGACUCCCCGAGCAACAGAGACGCUACUCUUCCUCAUCAUAGUUGUCGUCGUCAGUGCCGUGGCGGACAUUUUUUUUUCUUCUUCUUUCAUUCAUAAAAGUCUUUAAUUGGCGUCCUGAUUCUAAAACCUUUAUAAAAACACAUCGUCGGAGAAUGAUGCCACAGUUUAAAGGGAUAAAAAAAAAAAAAA